GAAAAACUUGAUUGGUAAGAAAUCACCGUUGCGAAGAUGCUCACAAGAAACGCGCCUCUGGUUUGAACUUCGAAGUUCGGAUUACAUUCAUUUUAUAUUCUUGAGAAAGAAAUUUUGCGAUAAAAAAUUCGAGGAAUUGGAAGUCGCAGCGGUGGAAAGAAAUCGAUCGAGAAUAUGGACGGCCCCCCUGCGGGCGAUUUCUGUUCAAUCUGCCAUGGAAGUUUCAACAUACCUUGCCAAGCAAAUUGCUCGCACUGGUUCUGCGGAAGUUGUAUAAUGCUUGUUUGGGAUCAUGGAUCAUCACUCCAGCCAUGUAAAUGCCCCCUAUGUCGCCGACAGAUUACUUUAUUGGUUCCUUCUGAGGCUUCAGCAAGGCAGCAAAGUAACCCUGAGGUUGCUCGAAUUCUUAAUAAUAUAAGGACUUAUAACCAUCAUUUUGGUGACAACUCGGCUGGUUUAAUUCAGCGAAUGCAAGACCUUCCUUUUCUUCUACGGAGGUUGCUUCGGGAACUCCUCGAUCCCCAGAGAUCUCUUCCUCUUGUCAUUAGAGCACGCGUUUACAUUGCAAUGGUACUGAGCGUAGUCUACACUCUGAGUCCCAUCGAUAUCAUACCAGAAGCAAUGCUAGGAGUAUUUGGACUGAUGGAUGAUAUCUUUAUACUGCUCAUCUGCUUCCUUUAUAUUGCUGCUAUGUAUCGAUCGGUACUCUAUUAUCGCCAUGGAGGAUCUUGAAUUGUCUUUGGAAGCUUGCCACGAAGUGUAAAAAGUUAAACUAGGCAUUCUUUUGUUCUUAGCUUUCUCAAGUUUUUCUGGAGGGAAACGUUUUUUUUUUUUUUUUUAAUUUUGUUUUUGCAGUUUAUAAACUUCGUUUCCUUCCUGUUUUACUUUUAUUUUUCUUUCUUUCUUGUAUUAGUAGUUCAAAUGUGUUAGAGAUGGAUCACAUUGUGUUUGGGAAUGUAGGGAAAAACUUGAAUCCUAGGUUUGUGUUUCCCUUCCAAAGAAUGAAAAUGUGAGAUAUGUGAAAUAUCAUCCAUGAAAUUCAUGUCAUAA